AUGGGCACAACAUUUUCUGUCCUAAUGGUGUUCCUCUUAGAGCGAGUUGACUACACCUUGUUAAUAAGGCCUCGAUUGAAUUUUAAAACAAUUCUUUCGAAUUUUGCACAAGCUAACGAGGCCAGAAAGGCUAAUUAUCAUACAUAUAAAAGAAUUAUUUUAUAGGCCGCCAUUAUGAAAGAGGUCCAAAGUAUUCAUUUUCACUUUUACUUUUUACUAGUCCGAGUAGAGUCGGAUGUGCACAAGCCUAUAAAUAUUACGGACGUCCAGGACACAUUGAACACCGUAAAUGUGACGAAAAUCGUCACCCUGACAUUUGUUCGUUUAAGGAAACAAAGUCUGGAAAUCACGGACUGUUAUGUAACGCCGAGGUUUGUGGGUCGUCGAAUAUCACCAUAGGCUCUGUGAAUGCGGCAAUGGGCAAAGUCACUGACUGGAUUCCUACAUCUAAGGAGAUAAUAACUGGAACUGUGCAAGAAGCCGUAAAAACAAACCAAAAAAACGGCUUUGGCUUUCUGUACAUAAAGUGUGGGGAUAUUCUUCAGUCGCUCAUCUUUCCACCGAUCCUAAAGAAAGGCGAAAAUGACAGCGACAGAAACAACAUAAAUGUUAACGUGGUUGUGUUGGACUCUGUGGCAAGACCGCAUUUUUAUCGAAUUCUGCCGAGAUCAGUGGCGGUACUCCGCAGGAUUGCACAAGAUCCCGAUAUCAAGGCGACUGCGUUGGAUUUUGAAUUGUUCCAGAGUGUUGGUCAACAGACUUUUGACAACAUGAGGCCUUUUUUUUCUGGUGUUAUCAAAGGUAAGCGUUGCGGAGUGUCCAUAUCAUUCAGGCCCCGUUUAUAUGGAGAAAACCCGUCGCGGGUAAAUGGGUCUCUCGCCCAGCCGACCUACCCUGGGUGAGCCAACGUUUCAUACAUUUCCAUGCAGAAGGUUGAGAACGGUUUACAUGAGAAACAUUGAAAAAAAUGUUGGCUCCGCUAGAAGGGUGACCCGAAGCUCACCUUCUUUUUCGAUGGUAGGGUCACCCUGUUCUGUCGUGAAUUGUAAUACCUGUCGUAACUUGUAAUACCAGUUGUCGAGAAUUGUAAUAACCAAGUUAUCGUAAAUUGUAAUAACAGGUUGUCGUAAUUUAUAAUAAGCCUAACUGUCGUGAAUUGUAAUAACACAUUGUCGUAUUUUGUAAUAAGUCUUGAAAAUGAACAGUUAUUCACCAAAAAUACUCUCAGACAUAACGAAAUGAGGCUCGACAGGAAUCCCACAAUGCAGCUCAUCAUGAGCUCAUUGCUCACGGGCUAUUUCCAAGUUCCAAAACCUUUCUUGUGAUAAUGAGUUUUGUUUGCAUGACAAUAGAAAUCAUUUUCAUAUCAAUGACUAUGCACUUAGCCGUUUCUUGAGACAGAGGCUUGGAGCAACUCGUGAUUGGCCUAGAAAAUUUGAGCCCCCUUAGAGCUUGAGGACAGACUCUACAACAGUUUGAAAAUUUCACAAUUUACAAAAUGAGAUUUGUAUGGAAAACCACUCAAUCGCAACAGGGUGGCAGAGAUGUUUUUUCCCAUAAAGUUCCUACACUAUGCUAGUCGUUUUCUUCUUUUUGUUGACUUUUUGAGGUACGAGUAAUACAUAUAAAGUUCACUAACUGGAUGUAUAAAUACACGAAUGAUGCACAAGACGGACCGUGGACACUUUGCUUUACACAAAAAAUCUAACAAGUCUUUGCACUUAAUAUCCGAUUAAUAGCUCCGAUAGUUCAAUCCGUGGGAUUAACUCCAACCAAACUCUAAGCAAAGUCUACGUUACAGAAGGUUUUACCCAAGGAAUUUGGUGAGCACUGAGCAACAUAUCACAGUGGCGCCUUAUUCUUGGCUAAAUUAUCUAGUCUUGUUUAAAUUUAGUUCUCGCGGGGACUGCGGAACACCAGAGCACAGGGACUUUUUCGUGUUGAUAACUGAUAAGUCAUAUGCUUUUUUCUAAAAUGACGUCAUCAUUGAAAUCAUAAAUGUGUGGGAGAAAUACUUUAUUGCGUACUCUUUCGUGCUAGUUAAUUUCGUGUUUGUCGCGACUUUUGUCAUCAAAAUAAAACAAAAAUGGCAAAAGUCAGACAAACAUUUCAAAUUAGUCACACUGACGUCAAUUAUGCGCUGUGCUAUUUAUGCUGUUCGAACUGUCCCUAGCCUCCCACCCCCUCAGGUAGUUGCUCAGUAUGUCGGUUGGUUGACUGUUUCGAACAAGUUCACCAGGUGGUCGGUCAGGUGAUUAAGUCGUUGCCAUAAUCUUGGCUAAGUAAUGGCUGAAAUGUUUUUAAUUGACAAGAAAAUUACACUAGAUAAGCCCUUAAGAGGAAGUAUUACAAAAUACGAUAAAGCAUUAUAACAAUUCACGACAGCUAGCCUUAUUACAAAUUACGACAAGCUGUUAUUAUAAUUUACGAUAACCUGGUUAUUACAGUUCUCGACAACUGUUAUUACAAUUUACGAUAGGUAUUACAAAUUACGACAGGUAUUACAAUUCACGACAUUAUUACAAAUCACGACAGAACACGCCUUCCAUAUAAACUUUGGCUCGCCCAGCCGGGUCAACUCGUUCAAGGCGCAGAUCAUGCGCGGUCGUUUUUUUAGACAAUCAAAUAUUGAACGGUUGAACGACGUCUCCGGUCAAAUUUUUCAGCCGGUCGAAUUUCGUCCUGUGCCAAGUGAACGUAACCUAAAUAUCGUGACCUUAUAUUCCUCUAGAUGACAAUGAAAUCAGUGACAGAGCAAAGACCGCAAAGGACCCUCUGGGGGUAGAAGUGUUGUUUGGGGCCUUCAGUAAAUGGGGCUACCAGACCCUCUUCCAAGAAGACCUUUGUUGGUACGACUACUGGGGUAUUGGAUUGACAGACCUUCAAGUAAGAGGACGCCCUGAUGGAGAUUCUGAAUUUAAAGACAGGUACCGUACCUUUGUAAAUAUAUUACAUAAGCUUAGAGAGUAAAGUACCAAUGCUAUGACAACAGACCUGUAGAGAGAAUAGGGAACUUAAGCUGCGACGUUUUUGAGCGACGAACGUCAACCGGAAGUGAGCUUUUUUCUCUUUUAAUAUGCCAUGACGCUACCAAAUUUUUAUUGCUCAGUGUCUUUACUCUUAUCGAGACGAUUUGCCCAAGAAUUUGUUCCAAAUCACGGCCGAAGGGUACAAAAAGUCCACUUUCGUCGCUCAAAAACGUCGUUGAUUGACUCCCUGAUGGCGCCAUAGUAUUUAGCUCACUUAUAAAGAAAACGGUAUCUUUUUUAUAUUCAAAGGUUGAAACACAGUCAAACCCCGUUAAUACGGACACAGAGGGGGCCACAGAAAGUUUCUGUAUUAACGGGUGUCCGUAUUAAGUGGGAUCUGAUUGUAACUUAGUUGUUUGUUUGUUUGUUUGUUUUUUUUUUUCGAUUGUUAUCUCAGUGAGAAGUUGGAUUCAGUUUGUACUGUUAACGAUAGUUGUUUUGGUGCCUAUGUUGUGGGUGCUACUGAAAAAAAGAAUUGUAUCUAGAGCAUUAUUAAAGCGCUCAUAACGUAAAACAUGUUAUUUUCGUAAUAUCUAAAAGUAAACACUACUAAGAGAACUUCUGCCAAAAAUGUGAUUUGGAGAAACGUGAUUUUUUUGGCGAAUAUUUGAAGUCUUUUGUUUUAAGUGCUACCACUCAGGCCACCCAAGGCAUGACUAUCUAACUAAAUUUGCAUAUUUUGAUUAAAUGCUUUUUAGAACGGUUCGCCUCUAUCAAUGAUCCUGAAAAUUCGACUACUAAUGUAGCUUAAUGGCCUUAGCAUUAUGAGAUAUUUUAGAAGUUCAAUUUUUUGUCACGUGACUUAUAAUUGAGAAUUAACAGUCAAACUACCGAAAAUUCCGAAAAUAAGCCUCUCCAUGUAUAAGCCCAUCCAAAUAUAAGCCACCCAAGCCGGUAACGCAAAAAACCCUCCGUUAAAUCGCCCCUCCAAAUAUAAGCCCCCUCAAAUACAAAGUAAAACAAAGCAAAAACGGUAAAUUUAUUUUCAAAUAUAAGGCUAGCCCAAUCAAUUUUGAAACGUAAAUUUCCCUCCGUAGAUAAGCCCCUCCGAAUAUAAGCCCCUCUAAAAGAGCCUUUGAAAAAUAUAAGCCCCGGGGGUUAUUUUCGGAAUUUUACGGUAUUUACUCUAAAAUGGGGAAAGGAUAAUGAAAGAGCAAAAAGUUCUUUUACGUAUAUUUCAGAGGCUAUUAUGUAUGUGUGUUUACGUCAUAUAGGAAUCGGUAAAUAAAGGGAAAAGGGUCACGUGACUUGUCAAUUAGUUAAUAAAUAGCUAAUAGGAUAAAUAACAUUUCCAAUCAUACAAGGCGAAUUUACGAUUUUCACUGUUUAUGUAACAUUUUGGUGGUGAAAAUUCCUAAGAGUAAGGUUAACAACCCUUCCCCGUUUAGGAAAACUUGUUUUGUGACGUCAUUGACGAAGCAAUGUUACGUGUUAUUUGAAAUCACGUUUUACGUGUUUUUCUCAUUGAGCCACAUUUGUAGUUCACUUUUCAGGAUCACCGAUGGAAGCAAACCGGUUAAAGUAGUAUUUUACAAAAUAUGUAUAUUUAAUAAGGUAGUCAUACCUGAAGUGGCCUGAGCAUGACAAAAAAAUUCUAUUCGGUUACAGGUGGAGUGAAUUCCAAAAUCGAGUGAGUACAAAGCAUAUUGACGACUUUGGCCUGUCACAUUUUUCCUGCACAGUAUUUAAAAAAUACAGCAUGACAAACCAUUACGAGACUCCACCCCAGGUUUGUCUAAACGGAGAGUUUUACAGUCAGUAUUUCCUGGAUUACAUAACUAAAGUAUACGCCGCCAUGAACAAAGACAAAAAGGCCAAAUCAAUGCUGUCCUUCAUGCACUUCAACACUGGACACGAGUAUACCGGGGUACGAAUGAUCAACAUGGAUGCUAACUUGGCAAAGUUCUUGAAUAAUAUAGUUCAGAGUCCGGACACUCUUACUGUGAUAUUUUCCGACCAUGGCAACAGGAAUACUCAGUAUAGUUAUACUGACGAAGGGAGAAGAGAGACUUUUGAUCCGAUUCUGUUUAUGAUAAUUCCAGACCGAGUGGCUGAAAAGCUCGGCCAUCAGCGAAUGACGGCCCUGGUUGAAAACCAAAAGCGUCUAUUUACGUUGCUGGACCUACAUAGAGCACUUGUGUCUUUAAACCAUCCUAAACUAAUGAACUCCCAGAACUCCACUGCAGUAGGGAUAUUUUCUGUUUUACCAGCAAACCGCACAUGUGCAGAUUUGCAGUUGAUGCCGCUGACCAGGUGCAAGUGUGAAGGGUUCGACGAUUAUAGUCGGGCUGAAGACAACUCAAAAAACCACAAAUGGCUAGCAGAGUUUGCACUCGGAACCUUAAAUGAUGCCAUACAGACACAACAUUUAGGAGGUACAUGUAAUAGUGAGCUCAUUUAGGAAGCAACUACCACGACGAGGUCAGGGCAACGUCACUAAAAAGUAAAUUCCAUUCUUCAAACUCGUCAUCAUUCUGUCCGUGACAUUUUCCAUUUUCCUACAGAUUAAUUGUUAAGGGAGGGCAUUAAAGUUUUAAAAGACGAAGGAAAAUUCUUUGUGGUGUAAUUACGUCCGUUAUUAAACGUCUAACUAGCAAAUUUCAUUCGUAGUUGGGCGGAGGAAACCAAAAAAAAAACAAAAGUGUGAUGGACUGGCAAAUCUUGUUUGCCGGAAAAAAAAUUUGACGUUACAGCCUCUUAUUGAUUUAGAAAGCGCCCAAGGUUAUUCACUUAACUCAUGGAAAUCGCCAAAUUGUUUUGAAGCUCAAAGAAAACAAUCUUUACGGUGGGGCGAGCAAAUUGUAAGACAUUUUCUACUUGCAGUGGUCAUAAAAGACACCGUGAUCCGGUCUAAAACAGUAAUAACGUGCGAACGUGCCUACCGCCGAAUAUUAGGGAGUUUAUAUUAGCAAAGGCGUUUUUGAAUUUUGAUUGAAGUACGUCAACCGGAAUUGAGGCGUUUUCCCCUUUAAUAUAUCUUAAAGCUACCAAAUUCAUAAUACUUAACAUGUUCGCUGUUAUAGAGACUACUUCCGGUUAAAGGACACUUCCGGUUGACGUGUGUCGCUCAAAACAUCUUUCCUAAAACUCGGUAUUAACUAUUCAACGAGUUGUUUCGUACGUUUUUUACAGGUGCUGGUGAAGUUGUAACUUCAUCCCAAAGGUAUGGCUAUGGAAACUGUCAGCGCUUGGUGGGGAAAUCAUUUACUAAUAUUUUGCAACGUUUCCAAGGAGACUACAUCUUGACGACAAUGGAUCUCCACGUGGUCCCUCCAGCUGGUUUUACAGAAGACGAAGUCUUUAAAGUUUCUUUGAAAAACUAUGCAAAGCCGGAAGACGAAGUUUGGUUGACAAGUUAUACUCGGCAGUCCAAAUAUAGCAAGUUUGAGGCAUGCGCAGACAAGUCAGUUGACGUUAGACUUUGCGCAUGCGCUAUUGAUCAAACUAAUCUUGCUGAAUCAGUCAGCAAUGGUGUUUCAAGUAAAAUUUUUGGUUCGGACACCGUUGUAAAAGACCUCCACUCAGGAUGUCUUUUGUUUCUGAGACGGGAUCACGGAUUAACCUCUUUAGCGUUGGAAGUAGCAAACGUAUGCUACAAUAGCACUUACAAAUUUAAACUGGACGGUGGAGGAUCAGAGAGACUGUUUUCUAAAACCCUUCCCAUAAAUGUUGAAUUGCUACCCAGGACAUUUUAUUUUCUAACAUCCAUUACGAAGUAUGCGUCGAAAUUCACCUAUCAAUUACAUUUUACAGCAAGUGUAGAAGUUAAAAAUGACAAUUCUGAAGAUUUUAUAAACUUGGGAGAACAUGAUGUGUCGGAGUAA